AUGGCGCCGAACAACCGCGGUGCAAACACUACCUAUAUCUCAGAAUACACCCGAGGCCUAACCGGGGUGGAUGUCCGCUUCGACCACCUCCUCACGCAGGUCCUAUGCGUCUCGCUAGGGGCCGUGGCCGUGCUCGUCCUGGUCGCGAGGGUGGCGCAGAUGGGCCACUCCUAUCUGCGCCGCGUCCUGUCCGCGCCCGCGACGCCUCGGCAGCAGAGGUUCUGGGGGAUCGAGGAGUCGCCGACCUGGUCGAAGCUCAAGAAACACUUUCUCUACGCGCCGCUAGGGAGGAAGAGGCACAACCGAGAGUUCCAGAUCUCGACCGCUGUCAAUGUCGGCACGCUGCCGUCGCGCUUCCACAUGAUCCUGCUGACGCUCUACAUCGGCAGCCAGGUGGCGUAUUGCAGUAUGCUGGAUUAUAGCGUCAACAAGAAAGCUGCGUUGAUCGCAGAGUUGCGAGGGAGGUCGGGAAAUCUUGCUGUUUUGAAUAUGAUACCCCUGGUUCUGUUCGCGGGCCGAAAUAACCCCCUGAUCCCACUCCUUCGCGUGAGCUUCGACACGUACAACCUUCUCCACAGAUGGGUCGGCAGGGUGGUAGUCCUGGAAUCCAUUGCGCAUACGGUUGCCUGGGCCAUCAACGCGAUCGAUGGCGCCGGCUGGGAGGGCAUGUGGGAUGCUGUGAAAGGUGACCCGUUCUUCGUCUGGGGACUGGUCUCCACGCUCGCGUUCACGUUCCUGUUCAUUCAGUCGCCGUCGCCCCUCCGGCAUGCAUUCUACGAGACGUUUCUGCAUCUGCAUCAACUAGGCGCGCUGGUGGCCAUCGUGGGUCUCUACAUGCAUUUGGACGUGGACAACCUUCCCCAGCUCCCGUGGCUACAGUUUAUCAUCGGCAUAUGGGUAAUUGAACGCACCACUCGCCUUGUUCGACUCAUCUACCUCAACACAUCUCGCCGCAACGGUGUCACGAAGGUCAUAGCCAAAGCGCUCCCCGGCGAGGCCACAAGAGUCACCUUUUUCCUCCCUCACCACGCUCGCAUCGCACCAGGCAGCCAUGUAUACGCCUACCUCCCGCGCAUCUCCCUCUGGAUGUCGCACCCUUUCUCCGUUGCCUGGGUCGAAGACGGCCGACACCCACACGACGCCCUCGCCCCCGACGAAAAAUACAUCGACUCCUCGCGCUCCUCGCCCGACCUCAAACAGAGCCGGUUCGCCAACUUCGACGAAGAGCUCAACGGGCCCAGCCGCAAGCCCACCUCGAUCACGCUCAUCGUCGCCGCGCGCACCGGCAUGACACGCCGGCUGUACAACGCGGCGCUCUCGGCGCCCAACCUCACGCUGGAGACGAGCGGCUUCGUCGAAGGGCCGUACAUCUCGCACCCGUCGGCGUCGUUCGGCAGCUACGGCACGGUGGUGCUGUUCUCGGGCGGCGCCGGCAUCACGCACCACCUGCUGCACGUGCGCGACCUGCUGCAGGCCGCCGACGACGCGGGCUCCGUGGCCACGCGCCGCAUCUACCUGGUGUGGGCCGUGCGCACCACCGAGCACCUGUCGUGGGUGCGCGGCUUCAUGGAUGCCAUCCUGCACCUGCCCAACCGCCGCGACAUGCUCAUCACCAAGCUGUUCGUCAGCAAGCCCCGGAGCACCCGCGAGAUCACCAGCCCCAGCACCACCCUGCAGAUGUUCCCCGGCCGCUGCCGCCCCAAUGUCGUGCUGGACGAGGCCUUGGAGGACCGCGUCGGGGCGACGGUGGUUUCGGUGUGUGGCCCGGGUGCGUUUGCGGAUGAGGUGCGUGCCGCGGCGAGGGAGAGGAUAGGGAAGGGGGUGGUGAUUGAUUUUGUGGAAGAGGCGUUUACUUGGUAG